CAAAAAACAAAAAACAAAGACGAGGAAGAAAGCUGUGCACGGAAGUCAUUCAGGAUUUUACAUGCCUGAGGUUAUAUUUCCUCUCUUCUGCAGACUUUCGCGAUAUCAUUUACUCUUUCCUUCGGCCGUUAGUUCGAACUUAAUUGCUCUUAACGAUGCGGCAGUCGACGUGGAGACCCCGGUAAGAGAGUUAAGCGCAGACGGUUGGAUCUCCAGUCCGGGUCAAUGGACGAAGUGCUGCUGUUUUGACAGCUGGGUUGAGCCUCUGGUACCUGGUCCGUCUGCCCGAGAGAGAGCUGCUGAGAACAAACACGAGCCCAAGUUUAAACCUGUUAUUUUACAAAUAUCUACGUCCGUGGAGCAGCUUCUACAGCGAGUGUGAAUCCUUUCACCGACCAGGGGUCAUGGCCUCUUCCCGGCUGAAGUACCUCUCUCUGGGCGUGCUGGUGUUCCAGACCACCUCCCUGGUGCUCACCAUGCGGUACUCCCGCACCCUGCAGGCCGAGGGCCCGCGGUACCUGGCCUCCUCGGCUGUGGUGGUGGCCGAGGUGCUGAAGAUCCUCACCUGUGUGCUGCUCGUCUUCAAGGAGCACAAUUACAGCAUGCGGGCCCUGAACAGCAUUCUGCGUCAGGAAAUCACCCAAAAGCCCAUCGAAACGCUGAAGCUGGCGAUCCCCUCUGGGAUCUACACGCUGCAGAACAACCUGCUGUACGUCGCCUUGUCCAACCUGGACGCAGCCACCUACCAGGUGACGUACCAGCUGAAGAUCUUGACCACGGCUCUGUUCUCGGUGUCCAUGCUGGGCCGCCGGCUGGGCGUCUACCAGUGGCUCUCGUUGCUGAUUCUUAUGGCCGGAGUGGCUCUCGUGCAGUGGCCCUCUGAAUCCCCAGCGGCCCCGGAGAAGGAUGCCCUCUCUACAGGCUCCCAGUUUGUCGGUGUGACGGCAGUUCUGGUGGCGUGCUGCUCCAGCGGGUUCGCUGGCGUCUACUUUGAGAAGAUCCUAAAGGAGAGCAAACAGAGCGUCUGGGUCCGCAACAUUCAGCUGGGGCUGUUUGGGCUGGUGUUUGGCCUCUUUGGGAUGAUGGCCUUCGACGGGGAGAAGGUGAAGGAAUCGGGAAUGUUCCAGGGAUACAACACCGUCACCUGGACUGUCGUAGCGCUGCAGGCGCUGGGUGGUCUGGUCAUAGCAGCGGUCAUCAAGUAUGCAGACAACAUCCUCAAGGGCUUCGCUACAUCGCUCUCCAUCAUCCUGUCAACUCUCAUAUCGUACUUCUGGCUGCAGGACUUCGACCCCACUGGCGUGUUCUUCCUGGGGGCCAUUCUGGUCAUCGCAGCCACUUUCCUCUACAGCUACGAAGGCAGGCCAGCCCCCAACCCCAGCAGGGCGUAGGGCACUCGGGGCUUUGACUCUACAGCAGCAAUAGGAGGUCCUGUUGACGCGACAAGACGUGGAGUUGAAAGGAGGACAGAGAGCUGGAGAAAAAGAAGGGGAAAGGUCUUUAUCAUAUAUAAUAAGAGGAGGUAAGUAGGUUGGGGACGGAGGAUGGGAAGAGUGGAAAAGAGACAGUAAUAAACAAAAAGCAAGCACAACGCUGUGAUGGGUCUCACACACCAAAAGUGCUUGAGCUGAGAAGGGUAACCAAUGAGAACAGAGAACCGUGGCGGAACAGGAUUGUAUGUUUUUCUUUGUUCCUAUGUUUACGGAUGUAGAUCUGGAGAGCGAUUCUCGGCGGGACCGACUGAUUGUGUUCAUUCAAGCCGGUUUGGCUGCUUGUCACUGUUACUGCCGCAUCAGUCACACCUACACAACGAUAAAGGAUUAAAGGGGCACACAGGCAGAAGUUUAAGAUGUACUGCGAUUUUUAUCCAACAUUGUUGGACCUCAGAGGUGCAGUGUUUAAGACUCUUGAAAGGUCUUUUUUUUUGUCCCACUUUGAGCUUUCAAAGUACAUUUUUCGCCAU